CAAGAAUAUAAACUAAAUAAGAGUGGAGGGACUAAAGUUGUUAAAAUAGAAACUUAAAAUACUAAUAUUAGUAAAAUAAAACAAACCAAACACCUCAAAUGAGGCCUGGUUGAUCAACAGAAGGAAGGGGGCGACACCCACACUUCCAAAACCUAAAAAUCUACUAAACUUUCAAAUUGAAGGCCAAAAUUCAGUUGAAAUCGGAAUCUAAACAUAGAAUCGUGAUCUCCUCGUCAAGAAGGUCAUAAGGCAAGGAAUCCGGAACGUCAAGUGGACACGCCGGAAGCGAUACCCGCGUAAAAGGUGUGCUUUAAAGUUUCAAGAUGACGGAUAAGGGAAAUGACGAAGCGGUGCCAAGAGUCACCGAACAAAUGAGAGAAGUGAUUGCUGAAGAGGUAGGAAAAGCAAUCGAGAACAGCUUGUCGGGUUUCAUCGAUAAAAUCCAAAACACGGUGUUAUCUGUGGUGGAUGAAAGAAUAAAGAAAUUGGAGGAUAAUGCAAAUUUAGCUAAGGAGAAGUUGGGAGAGCGUAAGGGUUGCUCGUACAAGGAGUUUAUGGCAUGUAAACCACCACUCUAUCACGGAGAAGUGGAUCCGAUAGUGUGCCAAAGAUGGUUGAGUGAUCUUGAAGGGGUGUUCGAGAGAACCCAUUGUGAUACAAGUGACUUCGUAGCCUAUGGCACGGGUCAACUGAGGGGCCAAGCAAAAGACUGGUGGGAUAAUAAGAAAAAGGAAAUGGGUAGCGAAGAAGCGAAGGCGAUGACAUGGGACGAGUUUAAGGUACCCUUCCUUAAACAUCACAGUCCCAAAGCGGUCAUCAAUCGAAUCAAAGAAGAAUUUAUCCAGCUUAGGCAGAAGGGCGAAUCCAUUGAUAAGAUCACGGGAACCUUUCUUGACAAAUUAAGGUUUUGUGAUGAAUUGGUGACGACCGAAGAACAAAAGGUGUAUUAUUAUUAUUAUAAUAUGCUAAGCGCAGAGUAUCGGGAGUUUAUGACUCCCUCAAAAUACGAAACCCUCACCGAAAUCAUCAAUGCCGCUCGGGAAAGAGAGAUAGAGUUGAAGAAACAAAUAGAGAGGGGUGAAAGAAGGACGCAAGUGGUUAAUCCUAGUCCUACGAAAAAGGCACGCGUAAAUGACUCAUCAAAGAAGCAAGAAGGAAAAAGUAGCUCGCCAAGCUGUAAAGUUUGUGGGAAAGGGCACAAGGGUGAGUGCCGGUUUAAGGACAAGCCGUGUCCUAUAUGCGGGAAGACAGGGCACACGGCUGCAUUGUGCCCGGGGAAAGUUUCGGUAUGCUACAAAUGUUAUCAGCCGGGUCACAAGAAAUCCGAGUGCCCGGAAUUGUCCGGAAAGAGGGAAGACAAGAGUGUGCACACCGAAGCACCAAAGGCAAAAGCUAGAUCUUUCCAGUUAACGGCAGUGGAGGCGAAAACGGAGCCCGAUGUGGUCUCAGAGGUAGAAAUAGGUGACAACAAAAACUUCCUUGUAUGUGAUAUAUGUCGAGAUUGUAAGAUAAGCAUAGAUGAUGAGGAAUACCCGAUAGAUUUAAUUCCUAUGUCCAUGGGAGAGUUCCAAGUAGUGGUCGGAAUGGAUUGGCUAUCCCGACAUAAUGCGAAAGUCAUGUGUUUCCGCAAGGAGAUAAAACUAACAUCUCCAAGUGGGAAAUCGAUUAUCAUACGUGGCGAGAAGGAAGGAAAACCUGUUAUGUGCUCAAUGAUGAAAGCUUAUAAGCUCAUGAAGCACGGAUGUAGAGCAUUCAUGAUAUAUGCAAAUGAACCAAACAAAGGAUCGCUAAAGAUUGAAGACGUGCCGGUAGUGCGCGAAUACGCCGAUGUGUUCCAGGAAGACCUACCGGGAAUACCGCCGGAACGGGAGAUAGACUAUCACGCAAGUAUUAAAAUGGCUCCAUAUGAGAUGUUAUAUGGUAGAAAGUGCCGAACCCCAGUUUGUUGGGGAGAAGUUGGUCCGCGGGGUUUAGCUCAGACUGAUAUAAUCCGAGCUACAAAUUGUAAGAUCGACUUGAUCCGCACUUACUUAAAAGCCGCUCAGGAUCGACAAAAAUCGUAUGCGGAUAAACGAAUGAGGCUAAUAGAAUUUCAAGUGGGCGAUAAGGUAAUGUUGAAAGUAUCGCCGUGGAAGGGGAUAAUUCGAUUUAGAAAAAGAGGAAAGUUGAGCCCAAGAUUUAUCGGGCCAUUCGAAAUCGUGGAACGGGUUGGAAAGGUAGCAUACCGUCUCGAGAUACCUGAGGAGUUGAGUGGAGUACACAGCACAUUCCACGUGUCACAUCUUCGUAAAUGUUUAGCGGACGAAACUGCUCGUGUCCACUACAACGAUAUCGAGGUGGAUAACAGCCUUAACUACGCGGUAAGGCCAAUUGCAAUUCUAGAUCGUAAAGUGAAGAGUUUGAGAAACAAAAAGAUCAACCAAGUGAAGAUUAAAUGGGAACACCGUAAGGGUGCGGAUACUACGUGGGAGUCCGAAGAAGAUAUGCAACGGCUCUACCCUACGUUAUUCGGUACGUAA